UCUGCGACGGGCGGGAUAUCCGCAGUAGUAAGCUAACUAAUAACAUGGCGAAGACUUACGAUUACUUGUUUAAACUACUUUUAAUCGGCGAUUCCGGCGUUGGGAAGACCUGCGUGCUUUUCAGAUUUUCAGAAGAUGCCUUCAACUCAACGUUUAUCUCCACGAUAGGUAUUGACUUCAAAAUCAGAACAAUAGAAUUAGAUGGAAAGAAGAUCAAGCUACAGAUAUGGGAUACAGCAGGACAGGAGAGGUUCAGGACUAUCACAACAGCCUACUACAGAGGAGCCAUGGGCAUCAUGUUAGUGUAUGACAUUACCAAUGAGAAGUCCUUUGAAAACAUCAAGAACUGGAUACGGAAUAUAGAAGAGCAUGCAUCAGCAGACGUGGAAAGGAUGGUCCUUGGGAAUAAGUGUGACGUUAAUGACAAGCGGCAAGUGUCCAAAGAUAGAGGAGAGAAGCUGGCGCUGGAGUACGGUAUCAAAUUUAUGGAGACCAGUGCAAAGGCGAACAUCAACGUGGAGAAUUCCUUCUUAACGCUUGCCAGAGACAUUAAGGCAAAAAUGGACAAGAAGCUGGAGGGAAACAACCCACAGGGCAGCAAUCAAGGAGUAAAGAUUACAGAACAACCCAAGAAGAGCAGUUUCUUCCGCUGCACGCUGCUGUGAGAAGACGAGUGCGUCGGCAACCACCAUCGCCUUAACCGUGUCCCCCCACUGGACAUAACUGGACAGAGCACACGCUGAUCUCUGUUUUAUCCUUCUUCAUUUGUCUUCCUCCUCCUUCUGAUUUGUCCCGUCAUUAUGUAAUUAGGAAAAGGAAAAGUCUACCCCCCCUUGGUUUACCAGUCUUCCUUUAAUACCUGUGGAUCUAACUGCUGUGGGCUCUGUUACAUAUUUAAUCUCAUUUCUUUUUUCUCCCCCACCCCCGUUAAUUACUAUUUUCAGUGUAAGCGCAAGAGUGAAAGAUUCUUAAUAGUCACUUCCUUGAAUACUAAGAAAGAUCCAACCUUUCAGCAGUGACGGAUAAUAAUUAAGGGACUCGUUCAUCAAAUUUGAGAGAGUUUUAAUAUCUACGUAACUAAAGAGGCUAAUUUUUUAAGCAGCCAUUUCCUGAGUUUAUCAUGUUCAAAAGCUGAUUAUGCACAGCUAAAUACCAUAUGGAUUGGAUACAAAAAAAAGAAAAAUUCUUCGUCUUAGAGAUUAAGGACGUUGCACGUACAACAUUGCCAAAACUCUUUGCACAGAAGAGCACUAACCAGAGGAGAAAGAGAAGUGGGAGACCCCAGUGCCCAGCUGAACAACAAUAGGACAAGUCUGAGAAACACACACAGAAACGCCUCACAGUUCCUCAUCUGGCAGCUUUUUAAAAAAAUGUAUUUGUCUAGACUAGUUUUGAAGUGAGUAGGAAGUGCUGUUGCAUUUCUUUGAACAAGAAUAUAACUUUUUCAGGUGCGUUUUGAGCCUUUAAUCCAACACACAAAGGCUGAUUCUCCAGACACUGAACUAGCUGCAUUGUUUGCUUCUUUAGUCAGCACAGCAUUCUUCAGCUUCUUACAUGAUAAACUUGCGUUAGGUGACACGAUGCAGCAUUCGAAGCCAGAGGCGAUGGUUGCUGAAAACAGGGCUCUGUAUGCUUGAUCUUCCAUUAAAGCUCAGUGAUGGUUCCUGAUGAGUAAUUCCAUUAAUCAUUAAUUUCAUGCGCUAUUACAUAAAAACAAAUAUCCUUUUUUUUUUUUUUCAAAAGGAAGGACAUUCCCCAGUCACCAUAAACCUUUAGGCAGCGCUGUAUUUGAUCCUUAUGACCAACAAAAGACCAGAUUAUACACUCAUGUGUUUAAUUUUUCUAAUAUUUUGAUUGUCACCUGUGCUUCCAAAGUGAUGCGUACAAUCCCCGAAUCCCCCCCCCCCCCCCCCCAAGAUAUUAUACUAGAUAUUUGUACUGACAGGGUGGUCUGGCUCUUUCCUUAAUGUCCACAUCUAUGUAAAUGCAUCGUGUAAAUAUAUAUAUAUAUAAUUGAUUAUGAUUCACCGUAUUACACAGUAAUGCCAGCACAUGUCACUCAUAUCCACAGUGGGGUUUACAUCUCCUUUCUUCUCACGUCUUCUGCUAAAACAUUCCAGUCCUCUUUAAUGUGCAAUGUAAUGUAUGAAAGAGCCCUGAUUUUUCUGUGUUCACAUGUCUGCAGUAGGGUUGGGUUUUUAGAAGAGGGGGUAAUUUAAGGGCACACACAUGCUCCUUUUUGAUGUUGCUUUCCACACCGUUUUAGCAAUACCUACACUGACCACCUGGAGGCAACUUCAGCUACACAGCAGAAAGAGUCACAGCAACGGUGAAAGUGUGGUUUUAUGCAUUUGUACUUGUUCCAGUUGUCUGUUCCAAUGGGGGAACAUAAACACAACUGCUUCCUGGGCCUUGGAUAUGUGCUGUGCUGUAGCAGUAUUUAUGGAGUGAAAGAAAUCAUAGCACCAAAAUGACAAAGUGCCCUUUUAUGUUCUUCUUGAUUAUGCACUUUUCUUCCUUUUUCUUUCUGUUUUGGAAAAAAAAAGAUUUCUUAACAUUUAUUGUCUGUGUUUAUUGCAAGUCUUAACUGAAAGCAAAGAAUUUGCAUGCACAAGAUUUCCACAGAGCCUCUCUGGGCUUCUUUAAAACAUCUGAGCACUGAAACCAGAAAUCUAGAGAUUUUCUUUUUGUUUUCACAACAUUCCCACUUAGUGAUUGAACUUUUUUUUUUCUCGCCAUGUUGUUUAUGCAUUCGCGUAGCUUCUGAUGCUUUUGGAAACCACCUUUUUCCACCUCUCCUCCUGUGUUGUUUUGGUCCAGUAUUAUGACCAUCUAAUCUAUGCAUUCUUGGUGCGUAGGAAACCUCAAAAGGCUUUGCACAGUUGACUUAAUGAGCUUUGUUUGAGAUUAGAAUUGUGCAGAGGAUCCUUGAUCUUGUUUUAUUAUUUUUUGCUGUCACUCCAUGCAAUUACAUCGAGAGCUCAUCAGAGGACAAAAAAUAGGAAAUUGAGCAAAUCACAUCAAAGGCCAGUUAAGCAGGUCCUUUGAAGUGGUGCUGAAGACUCAUCGAAUCACACCUGUAACAAAACGGUUUUCCUGUGGAUUUAAGGAAACAUUGUCAGCUUUGCUGGUUUAAAUUUGUUUCGGCUGUUUCUUAAAAUCACUCUCAGUUAAAAUCAGUCCACAGCUUGAUGAAAAUUCAGCAUUGUGAGCUACAGUCUGCCAUUGCUUUAUUCUGUAAUUCUCUCCCUUUUGCAAAUGUGACAGUUCUCUGUUCACAUAUCUUACGCAUUCCUGAACUACAAUUGGCUUUCUUUGCUGAUUACUGAUGGGCUUCACGUGGAAUAAAGUAAAUAAUUCAGCAAUUGUAAAUAAGAUCUACAAUGAUUGUACUGUAGUUUCAUAAAUCUUAUUGAUCUACACUUUUUGUAGAUAUGUGUACUUUUGAUGAUUUAUUAAA